AUGUCAAGCGAAGUUAUAUCGUCCUUUUCUGAUCUUAUUGCUCCGUAUAUUCCUGAACUCCUUGGAAUAAUGUGCUUUGUACUUGGUUAUUUAUUUUUAGCCUUUUAUGCAACGGAGUCAAAACCAUCAGAGCCAAGCCUAUCCCAAAUAUAUGAAUCCACCGUAAGAGUGGAAAAGAUUGAAAAGCCUAUAGAAGAAUCAGAAGAAAACUUACCCUUCCCCAAUAGAUUUUUUUCCUUCAUUAAUUUAUAUAGAAUUCUUUUUAUAUUUUUUAAGUACAAUUUAAAAAUGGCUCGUAAAUUUAUUUAAAAAAUAUAAAUAUUGGUUUUAUCAAUUGCAAAGUUAGCAACCAAAUUCUACAUCAAGAAAAUUAAUUUUCUAACAAAAUCCCAUCAGAUUGAUAAAGCCUACCAACUUCUAAAAGAUAUUGAAACAUCUGGAAUAACCCCAGAUAUUUCUGUCUACAAUGCAGUCCUCGAUUGCUGUGCCAAGACUUUAAGGCUUCCUUUAUCCUUGUCUGUUUAUACAAGUAUGAUUACUCAUAAUGUAAAACCGACCUUAGAAUCUUUCAAUUCCUUAAUUGAUGCUUGUGUAAAAAGCGGCAGAAUGGAUCAAGCAUGGGCAUUUCUUGAUGAAAUGAAAGCCAAUGGUGCCAUCCCUGACAACUUUACUUAUUCUACGUAAUAAAUCUUUUAAUCGUUUUUCUAUUCGUAGAUAUUACUCGGCACAAUUCGUUCUAAACUUUUCUCUGUGAGGUAUUUGCUUGGCAAUAAUUAUUUUCGAUCAAAAAUCUGAUGAGAAAAAUAUCCCAAACAAACUACGCAGGGAAUACCAACAAGAGAAAUGCUUCUAAAGGGAAAAGACAUGUAGCCCUUAUUCUACACUAAUAAAAGGCAUUAAAUCUGAAGGGGAAAAUGCUGAUUUAAUUCGAGCUUUCGAGCUUCUUACUGAGCUUAAAGGAAAUUCAGCAGUAAUCCCAGACGUUAUUCUCUAUAAUUGUUUAUUAGACACUUGUGUAAGCGCUAAAAGACUUGAUAAAGCUUUAGAACUUUUCACAGAAAUGAAAAUUUCAUCAUCUAAACCUGAUGAAAUUUCCUAUUUAUUUUUAAUCAAUUUUUCCCAAAUAAAUAUAAAGCCUCUAAAGAGUUUUUAAUAAAAAAUAUACAUAGCAGCCCUGUGAAUAAGUUUAUAAGCUAGUAAAAAUGGUAUAUAACACUUUAAUCAAAGGCUUCGGACAGACAAAGCAGCUUGAAAAAGCUUUUGAAAUCCUCAAAGAAAUGAAAGAAAAUAGCCUAAAACCCAAUGAAGUCACUUAUAACUCCUUAAUGGAUGCAUGUGUGAAGACAAACAAAAUGAGUCUAGCAUGGGACAUUCUAGAAGAAAUGCAAAGCAUGGGAGUUUGCCCUGACAAUUUUACGUAUUCCACACUUGUUAAAGGCAUCAAAGGCGAACAAUGCACUGCGGAGCUUGAUAGAGCUUUUAAACUUUUAGAAAAUUGUGAGUCAAAGCCUGAUGAAAUUUUAUAUAACUGUCUUAUAGACGCUUGUGUAAGAUUCGGCGACUUAGCUAAAGCAAAAGAAAUUUUCAAAAAAAUGCAUGGAAAUGGGGUCCAGCCAAGCUCAAUUACAUAUGGGAUUAUGAUAAAAGCUUAUGGACAAGCUAAUAUGAUGAAAAAUGCAUUAUCUGCAUUUGAAGAAAUGAAGGUGCUCAACCUCAAGCCAAAUGAUGUCACUUAUGGGUGCUUACUCCCCCCCUUUUAAAUUGGAACAAAAUAUAGAUAAAAUUUUGAUUUUUUGGGUGCUUUAGCUCUUCUUUAAAUUGGAACCAAAUUUUAUAUCAAAAGGAAAACUUUAGAGAUGAAAAUACUAAUAUAUAAUUAGUUUUGACCUCAUUUAAUGAGCAAUUGCUGUAGAAUGUUAUUUAAAUAGUUUUUAAACAAAAUCGAUUAAUUUUUUGAAUUAAAUUCUAAUAAAAAUAAAUUAAAAUUCAAAGUAUUGCGCUUAAUUUUAAAGAUUUUAAAAAUUUUAGAAUUUAUUUUUAAAAAAAUUUCGCUAUAGAUAUUUUUAACUAAUUUUUUAAAAAUUUUAAUAAAAUAUUUUUAUAGCCUUUAAUUGAAAGGAUUUUGUUCCGAUUUAAAGAGGGGGAGUUAUUAGACGCUUGUGUAAAGUCAGGUGAAAUUGAGACAGCUGAAAAAGUAUUUAGUACAAUGCAAGAAGAAGGCAUUGCCCUGAACACGAUAUUAUACACAACAAUGAUUAAGGGAUUUUCAAAGUCCCAAGAUUUAUCGAAAGCUCUUGAAGUGUUUUCGACUAUGAAAGCAGACUUGACAGUUCAGCCAAAUAAUGUAACUUAUAACUCAUUAUUAGACUGCGCUGUGAGAUGUGAAGAUAUGGAAGUUGCUUCCAAAUUAUUUGAAGAAAUGCAAAAACUAAUGGCUCCUGAUUUAAUUUCAUUUUCUACCAUGAUUAAAGGCUUCUGCAAGUCAGGCGAGAUCGAAAAAGCUAUAGGGAUAAUGAAUGAGAUGAAAAACCACAAUAUUCAAGCUGACGAGGUCCUCUAUAACUCUUUAUUAGACGGCUGCGCGAAGUCAGGAAACUCCGAACUCGCACAAAAUCUAUAUUUAGAUAUGCAGAAUCUUGGAAUAAAACCAAGCAAUGUGACGUUUUCUAUUUUAAUCAAGCUAUAUGGAAAAAAUAAGCAAGUGAAUAAAGCUUUAGACGUGUUAGAAGAUAUGAAAAAAGUAAAAGUCGCCCCAGGAAUGAUCGUAUAUACCUGCUUAUUACAAGCUUGUAUUAGAUCUAAACAGAUCCAUAAAGCAUUAGAAAUUUAUCAAGAUAUGAAAAAUAACGGAGUCAAAGGAGAUAAAGUCACUUUUAACACCCUUGUUAAUGGCUGUGUCUAUGCUAGACAACUUGAUGCAGCAUAUAGAAUCGCAAAUGAUAGCUUUGCAUUAAAUGUAAGACUGGCUGAAGACGUUUAUAAUAAUUUAUUGAAAAAUCUUCACCAUUCAAAAGAUAAAGUGAAAAUCCAAUGGGCUGCAGAAAUAAAAGAAAAAAUGAUGAUGAAAGGGAUUGAGACUGAAUAUACGUCAAAAGAUAGAUAUGGAGAAAAUAAUGGCCCUGCUCCUGUGAGGAAGAAUAAUGGGUUUAAAAGAGCUGCUCUUGGGGAAAGGAGCUAUAAUAUUAUAAUGUAG